ACACCUCAGAAUAAGAAGUAGAAAAAUAAAAUGAGUUGAUGAAUGCAUAGUUCCGCAGAAAAAGUGUUAAAAGUUAUGUUUUAAGUGAAAUUACAAAUUGAAAGUUGUUGAAAAGGCACGACUAUGGAUGUGCAACUGCCGUUAUUGUAAAUAACAGUGUCUCUACAUUAUAAAAUAAGAACAAGAGCACAAGCAUAUGUCCUGAGGCGAAGACAGUGGUCAGGAAAACGACAGGUGAGGAUUGAGCCAGAAUCAGUGUGUGGAUAGCAGCUGCUUUGGGCGCUGCCAGUGGGCGGUGUUGGGCGGUGUUCUUAUCGGCCUGCUUAGGCUCCCCAUGCUCCCCACUGCGAUAAGAGCGAGGCGGAUCUGCCCGUCCAGGUAGGGAGCACUCAGACUCGGACUCGGCAACAUGGGGUGCAUCACCAGCACCAGCAAGCUGAACGAGCUGCGCGGCCAUGAGAAUGUGUUUCGCGUGCGGGUGGCCCAUCUGCAGCCCACUCCUGGCACUCCCGUCAUUCGCAGUGGCUACCUGGAGCUGACGCCGCGUGAACUAAUCUUCCAGACGCCCGGCUGCGAGCCGAUUGUGUGGGCCCUACAGCAUUUGCGCCGAUAUGGCUUAAAUGGCGACCUCUUCUCCUUCGAGGCGGGUCGUAGGUGCAUGUCCGGGCCUGGUAUCUACACCUUCCGAGUGCACAAUGCCGAGGAGCUGUAUCCCAUGUUUCAGCGCUACAUCAACGCCGUCAACACGGAUGCCUUUGCGCAAGUGGAGCGCGAGCGGGUAAACUCCGCCCAUUCGGUGUCCGUGAUGAUGGGCGGCGGCCGAUCGGAGGGUAAUCCGCAGGGCAACAACUACCUGGAGCCGGCACCCCUAAUGAGUCGCCAACUGGGCAGCUCUCACAGUGAGUCCUCCAGCGCCAGUGCCUCGAUGCCGCUGCCACUUAACGAUGCACCGCUUGAUGAUUGUCCGCCCAACCUGCUGUCCCCUCUACUAAUGCCCAACUCCUGUGCGGAUCAGCCCUUACGUGUUCUGCAGGAGUGCUGCAAGGAUGCACAGUCAGCUAUGGAUCUGCUAGCCACUCCGCCGUCGGGUAAUCGAUUAAGCAUGCGAAGGCGCACAUUGGACUUGCCGCCACAGGAGUCUGCCCCGCCACCGGCCCCUGUAUUGAGUCCUUCCAACAACGAAGCCAUUCACAUGUACGCCAAUGUGGACGCACUGAUCUUCGAUCUGAGCAACGAACGCUGCUACGAGAACGUGAGUCGAUUGGAGCUGCCGCUGCCGCCACCGCGGGAACCGGUCGUGGCGAGUCAAGAACCGGCCACGCCCACUAGUUUGGCUGGAAGCAGUGGCGUGAACUACAUCGUCCUGGAUUUGGAUCAACCUAAAAGUCCUGCUGCCCCGGCUGGCUCUCCCAAAGCGACGUUUAAUGGUUUCGGGAGCGGACUCUCGCUGGUCUCCACGCCCGCACCACCUGUGACAGCACCCGUUACCCCGGAGGCUAGUGCGGUGCUCGAGGUGCCACCACCUCCGCCCAUUCAAUCUAAAAGCCUGAGCAGUGUGAGCGCCUUGGCUGGUACUGAGGCCGCAGAAUCGCCGGCGAACAAGAAAGUCGAAUCGACCGGAACACAGGGCUACUCCACCAUUGACUUUAUACGCACCUACGCCCUGAACAAGUCAUCGACAGAGAUGCCGGAUCUGGUAACGCAUCGUCAGCAUCCGGCGCACGACGAAGAGCUGCGGAUCACCAGACACAGCAAGUGCAUAAGGAAGGCAUACUCGAUCAGUGAGUGAGGGUAAGAAGCACAUCGAAUUUACGAAAAGUGUAAAGGUGUGACAGCGCCUGUGAAUGUAGUUCUGAUAUAUCAAGAGAAGUGAGGAAAAACCUAGGUUGUAGUCUUCCCUUUUCAUAAGCUAAAGGCAGUCUGAAAGUGUAUAGAUCUUGAGUCUUUGUAAAGAUUUAAAGAAGGCAAUGUCUUGACAAUUGAACUUUCCAAAAGGUCUUUUUCAUUUUGAUUUCCAAAGAAGCUUAACUUGACCUUAGACAUAAAUGCAAAUCCACCAAAGAAAGGUUUAAAUAUUUUUACAUAUAUGGAGAUACACUCAGAGAAUUUACCAUAAUGAAGUGGGAGCAAGAAAAAUGAUAUAUACGUUAAGAUAUCAUUUAUAAACGAAAAAAUGAAAAACUGAGGAGCUAAUAAGAUUUCUCAUGUAUGUUCUAGGUAUCCCAGUUUCAUACGCCCUUAGGAAUUCCAGAAUUGCAGUAAAGUUUCUACUAAAUGAGGCAUAGAACUGCUUGUUUUUAUAAUGUUUCACCUAUAGUUUGAAGAAUACGUAACAUUUGGAUUAAUUUCCAAAUUUCGUCUUGAGCACAACGAAUUUACUGCAAUCGAGAUGGCAAAGGGUGGUACGAGGAUGAUUGUGGUGAAGUGGGACUAGAAGAGUGAUUUUAAUGCCAAAUUUAUUUUUUGUUUUUUUCCAAAAGGGCCAAAACAAUAAACACAUGAAAUAAUAACAAUAAUAUGUAGUCAUGUUGCUUAAGUAGCCAGUAAAGCAGAAAUAGCACAGCCAAAAAACCAAAAUAUGACAUGGAAUACGUACUUAAUUAGUUCUUAAUUUAAGCAUGUGGACAUAUAGUUAUAGUUAUACUUUGUAUACUUGCCAGCGGCUGUUUAGAGCUAGUCAGUUUUUGGAUUAUUGUGCUAAUUAAUAAUAGUGAGCAACACGAAUGGCUUUUAACAUUAUUGCAGUGUAUAAGCUUAGGUCCUAAGUACCAAUAUAUACAUCACCUGCAUACAUUUAAGCAUUAUUUAUGUAGAUUUGUUGUCGGCAAACGUGCUUUAAAAUAGUAUUUUGUUGCCAUUAAAAAAAAAAGGGAAAUUGAAAACAAUGUUAGAAAGCAUCGAGUUGCAUUGUCCGCUGUGAGGUUCUAAUUUUUUAUAGUAUAUAUUAUAUAUCCCUAAAUUGUUAUUAAAGUUGUUGGGAAUUGUAUACACAGCGAUGGCCACAAGGAGCUUUUGUCAGAUAAACAUAACGUGAGUGAGUAUGUGAAGCGAAGUUUGCUUACAUUUACAUACAUAAACGAAAUUAUUGUUAGUGUCUAAGACGAAAAUAUGUGCAAUAAAGCUCAAAACGAAA